UUGUUUUUCUGUAAAGUCUCUUCCCUCCUCCACCCGCAAUGUGAAAAGCAAAUCUGUGCUCAGAGCCGCUGCUGAGAUUGCAGUUAGACCAUUCCCUUCCUGAUCCUUAUCUCACCAGGAUGUAGGAGGGUCCUGAGGGAAUAGCUGGAAGCCUUUCGCUGGAGCCAUCCAAGAAACAAGCUCUGACUGCAGCCUUUAAAUGGCAAAUCCAUUCAGUUCUGGGACCAGGCUCCGAGGUUUAGUUUAACCCCAUUGCACUCCAACAUCCCUGAGCUCUGCUGCACCAGAGCCAUCCCAGCACCCAGCAUGGGCCCUGGGCACUGCUCAGAGCUCUGCAGGCUCCAGCUAAAUAGCAGGAUCUAAAAAUACACCUCUGAAUCCUAAUCUCAAACAAAGCCUCAGAUUGCUGGCUCACAAACCUACUCCAGCUGCUUUCUGUGCAGCAGCAAAGCCAGGGCUGAGUUUCUGCAGGGCUCAGCGUGAGCUUAUCCUGCAUGGGGCUGCAGGGUGGUGCGGGAACAAAGAGGGGAUCCUGUGUAGCCAACCCCAAUGUUUCUUGCACAAAGCUCCUCCUGCUGCCAGUUCCAUCAGUGCAGGAAGGCUGCUUCAGAUCCCAGCUACUUUUAUGAAACACAAUACACUGUAUUUGGCAGCAAAGGGGUCCAAACACUCCAACCGCAUCAUCUAGCAGAAGGGUGAUGUGCCAUAGCAGUACAUACACACACUGUGUGCCCCAUACAGCCUGGCCCUGAGCAGGAGCACCACUCAUCUCCCCAGCACUGGAGGGGCUGCAGCCGCCUGGCACCCUGUGGGUGUAGAGCUCAGGGCAGGAAACAGAUGCUGCUGCUGCAGGAAGCAUCUGGAAAUGAACGCCUCCUUCACCUUCCCAACAGAAACAGGGAUGUGUGGGGUGGAAGCAGCCCGGUUUGGCCCCAGCUGGGGCAGGUGCAGUUCAGAUGGGUUUGACAGCACCGCCCUUGGCUGCCAUUGGGGAUGGAAAACCCCAAACGGUGUUAUGCAGCACCAUCACUGAAAGGCCUAUGGUGUGUCUUUAGGAAGCACAAAGCCUCUCUUUUUCUCCACAGUGUCUGAAAGGAGCCACCUGCACAGCGUGCCAUGGGUACCCAGGUGAGGCGAUGGAGCAUUUUUCACAGCCAUGAGGCAGCACGGAUGGCUUGAAAACAAACCUUUUGCUUCAGUCCCAUGCAGCACUGACUGUUUUCUCAUCUGUUUGCAGCCGACAACAGAGGAGGGUGGCCCUGCUAAGGCCCCUACAGCUUAGGCAGCAGGAGACACGAGGAGGAGGUCAGCCACAGAGGCGACGCAGCAGCUCAUACCCGAGCACCACCAGGAUGUGUUUGUCCCCUGCUCACAGCUGCACAGCACCAGCUGGUUGGAGAUGCAAUUCAGGCUGCAAAUCCAGCACACGCCAUUGCUGGCAUUCAUCUGCUGUGCCCACAGCUCUCAGCUCCUGUUAGAAAACCAGUACCAAGUCCAUGUGCAGACUGGGACCACCCCAGAGAGCUGCUUCCUUGCAUUUUCCCCAGCAGUAAUGGCAACAACACACCUUCCAUUCGGGGAGCAUGGGGGACUUACAUGUCUUACAUGAAACUUACAUGUUUCAAGGAAGCCAGCCCAUUUCACAGAAGAGAAUGAAGAAGUUGUCUUUAUUUCUGACUCUGCCUCUUGCCAAUUUCACUUCCCUGGCUAUGCCAGAGAUGGCAGAGAUAGGGUUGCUGUAGCUGGAGGCAGUGUUUUCCACACGCACAGCCCUGUGCUGCCCACUGCCUGUUGUGUUCCAUGACCUAACCCUGGCCUUGCCAUCCCUUUUGAUUGUACGAGGAAGCCUUUUGGCACCCAUCACCCUGGGGGCAGGCCAACAAUGAGGUUGGGUCGGUGGCCCUAUGGGCUUCUACUGGAACCGGGGGCUCCUACUUGAGAACAUCACUGUCACUAUAGUAAUGCCACACUGAGGAAGGGCUGGAAUGCAGCAAAGCACCUUAUAAGCUGCAUCAUUUCCUAAAGUGACCACAGAGCGAUUAUCUGCAUUGAUAGAGGCAGCAUUGCACAGUCAGUUCUGAGUACAGGUUUCUCACUUCUAAAAUUGCCUUAUCUGCUUCCUUCAACUGGUCACAUUUGGUUUUGGGUUGCUGGUGAGCAGCACUGGGAGAGUUUUUCCACUUUUUUUUUCCUUUUCUUUUUUUUUCACAUCAAAUCACCUUUCCAAAGAACGUGAAAGCUACAGAGUUUCGGAAGGGCUGCGGUGAGCUUCAGACACAUCCAAAACGAAGAACGUUUCCUGAAUGCUGAGACGGGCAACAGCUGAUUUACUGCUGAGCGCUGAGGAUGUGAAAUUCUGGAGGACAUUCACACACCAGGGAAGCACAGAGACGGCCCACAGCAGCACUGAGGAUGCCACAGAGACCACCGGUACCCAUGUGCACACAGGACUGCUCAGUCAGCAGCAGCCCCACCAAUGGAACCUUCAAUACCAGCCAGGUGAUGGGCGGCACGGAUGUGAUCUACAUCAGUAUUGAGUGCCUGGUGGCUCUGCUUGCUGCCCUGGGGAACAUCCCGGUGGUCUGGGUGGUGAAGCUGAAUGCAGCCUUCCACAACACCACCAUGUACUUCAUUGCCUCCCUGGCGCUGGCUGAUAUUGCAGUAGGGGUGGUCGUCGUUCCGCUGGCUGUGUUGGUCAGCCUGCAUGUCAGCAUCCCGUUCCAUUUCUGCCUCUUCCUCUGCUGCCUCAUGGUGGUCUUCACCCAAGCCUCCAUCCUUUCCUUGCUGGCCAUCGCCAUCGAUCGCUACCUGCGUGUGAAGCUGCCCAUCAGAUAUAAAAUCAUCUCUACAGAGAGAAGGAUUUGGUGGGCGCUGGGGCUGUGCUGGUCUCUGUCCCUGCUGGUGGGAUUAACCCCAAUGUUUGGAUGGAACAAACGAAGAAGCUCCCACUAUCACACGUGUGAAUUUCUCUCUGUGAUGAGGAUGGAUUACAUGGUGUAUUUUUCGUUCUUCACGUGGACUCUCAUCCCUCUGAGCAUCAUGUGUGCUCUCUAUGUGGCAGUAUUUUACAUCAUCAGGACAAGGCUAAGCCAAGGAGCAACCAACGGGAGAGGGGUGGGAGUGUUCUAUGGGAAGGAGUUCAGGAAAGCCAAAUCUCUGGCACUCGUUCUGUUCCUGUUUGCUGUGUCCUGGUUGCCUCUGUGCAUCAUGAACUGCGUUUUGUACUUUCACCCUGAAUAUAAGAUUCCUAAACCUUGGAUCUUCUUGGGAAUCUUGUUGUCUCAUGCCAAUUCUGCCAUGAACCCCAUUGUCUAUGCUUGCAAGAUAAAGAAGUUCAAAACCACUUACCUUUUAAUUUUAAGGACCUACAUCCUAUGCAGAAAAAAGCCCGAAGCCAGUCUCAGUUCUUACAGAUUAAACACAGCAGCUGUCAUAGACACAGAAUGAACGUUGACCCACCAGCACACACCAGACCCCUGAUAAAAUGCUUUAAGGAACUCACGGAAAAAACACAUCCUGUUUCAUCUGCUGUCUGACACAACUGACGAUAAGGGCAAGCUGCUCACACACUAUCUGAUUCCCAUAUGACAUUAAAGCCCCAAAAAUUAAUUUGCAAACUUUUACAUUGUUAUAACCCACUAAAUUUGGCUUGGUUGUUGCUGUACCAAGCCCAGACCUUCUCAGGUAAGCACCUGCCUUUAAGAGCACCUUCUGGUUCUUGUUUACUGAUUUGAGUGUUGCUUGGCAGACUGUGACCCAAAGCACAGUUACCAAGAU